UUAAUCAUCACAUUGGCGGAAAUGGGCUUCCAUAAUAUUGACUCACUGACCUCAGAGUGAACCUCUCUCAGGAAACGGCGGCUCCAUCUCCACACUAGCACACUGCAGCACAGGCGGAGACGCCACAUAUCAUCACAAGCAUAGUUAUUUGUAACCAAAGCCAGUUUAUUUAAAGAAUAUCGGGGUCGCUGAAAAACAAAAGCAUUACGCCGGCAAAUGAUGCACAAGAUGCCUGGUCAACUUGACAGCUUGAAGCCCAGAAAGAGGAAGAGCAGCUCCAGAAAGCCACAGGCUUCUACUACAAGGAGGAGAUGUAUGAAAAGUCCAGAGACACAGCCAGCCGCAGAGAGCAGUUCAGUAGUCAGUGGUUACAGCAAAGCAGACGAUCCUCUAGAGACCCUCUCCUGCAUCAGCUGUGAAUGCCACCAGUCUGCAGGCAGGAGGAGAUGCUCAGCAUCACCAAAGCUCGAGGGACAGGAGGGCAAAGAAAACGGACUAAUGACGGGGCCGGAUUUGGACAGCUGCAGAGUGAACGGCGUGUGGGACAAACGGGAGUCUGAGGACAUGGAUUGUGAAGAAACCAGCAAAAACAUCUUCCCAGAUGACGACAGUAAUCAGAUUCUUCCUGUGGAGCAGUUCUUUGGAAACUUGGAUGUUGUACAGGACUUCCCUUACAAAUCGUCGGAGAGUUCCGCCCAUGUUCAGAAGGAGAAUAGGAGACGGCAUUACUACGCACGAGAGGACAGCGAUGAAGAGGAGGCGGGCCUCAGCAGUAUGCAGCGAGAUGACAGAGGGGACACUUAGUGAAGAGUAACUGCACCGAUUGACUGUUGUGGACUCAAAGUCAUGCCUGCUGAAGGACAUACUGUACAACGCUCAGCAGGAAAAAGCAGCCAAAUUAAAGCACCUGUUCAGAUGCUGCGUUCAAUCCGAACGCUCUCUCAAAUAUAGCGUGAGUGGCGAUGCUCAUGAGUCACUGGUGAUGAAGUUGAGUAAGGGAGGCAUGAACUUGCUGUAGCUAAAUCUGCUGUUAGCCUACUAUCAUUGUAUGAGUGUAUUUGCUUCAAACCUGCUUUCAGUACCCCGACAUAAGCUGUCGUCACAACCAUAUACUGUUAAUAUUAAUGGACAAAGCAAGUGCCUUAAACCUGCAU